GCCCUUCUUUCCGGGAGGAAACAAAAGCCAUUUCGCUGGGAUUUCACGCCAUUCGCUUUCCUCCCCCGCAUCUCUGCUUCCAUCACGUGCACACCGCCUGAUCGAUGAAAUUCCCCACUCGCCUACCAACCUCCCCGUCCCCGAUGCCAACCACGGCGGCCACCGCCAGCGCCGUGGCAUCCCCCUCCACCUCCACAUCGUCAGCUACCCUCCUCCCCCGCCGCCGCUUCCUCCCUCCGGCCUCCACGCCCGCCCGCUGCCGCCUCGUCCCCACGCCGCCGCGGUGGCGCGCGCGCCUCCACAUCGCGCCCCGGGUGGCCGUCGGCAGCGACGUGUUCUCGUCGCCUGACGUGGCCGCCGAGCAGGCCGCGGCCGCGCCCAAGGUCGGGAAGCGCGUGCGCGUCACGGCGCCUGUCCGCGUCCACCACGUUGCCAAGGCGCCGGGACUGGACCUGCGCGGCAUGGAGGGCGUAGUCAAGCAGUACGUCGGCGUGUGGAAGGGCAAGCGGGUCACGGCUAAUCUCCCCUUCAAGGUGGAGUUCGAGCUCAAUCUGGACGGCCAGGACAAGCCCGUACGGUUCAUCGCCCACCUCCGCGAGCGAGAGUUCGAGAUCGUCGGAGACGAGUAGAGCUCUUGGUUACAGAAUAACGCGCUCCCAGCGGCGACUGAGGCAUCUGUAUACUAUCUAGUCUUUGAGAGAGGAGGCCGUCGAGGGUGUAAGAGAUUGCAACUUUACAAGUAAGUUGCUCUUUGUUUACUUGUAUGCGGUGUGCUUCUCCCCUCUCCUCUACAGCAUCGAUUUUUUUUUCAGAUGUGACGAAUUGUUUGAAUGUUGUACUUUGUGAUCCAAAGUGAUUAAAAUGACAUAUCUGUUACUGAUUGUGUUCAGAA